GAUUAGCAACGAAGAACCAGGGUAUUUAUGUGGAUUGACUCAGUUUGGCACUAAAUGGGUGUAACCAGCCCCAAACCACCGGUGCGGCGAAUUGAACAAGCCAACACAAACACCUCCCUGGUUCAUUGCCAAAACAUUAGAGACAGAAACUUUUUACCUCUCGAGUCGGCUUGAAAGAAACUUGUAUUACUCUCUGUUUUGCUGUAAUCUUCGGCCAUGUCACAAUUUUUUCUCACACCACUGAAAAGGGCGUCGCCUGGCCUGGCUCGCGCUACCGGAAGAAAAUGCAGAUGGGCAUCGUCGUCAUCGUCAUCGUCAUCCACAUUAUCCCGCAAGCCUACAUUCCCAACCAUUGGGGCAUGUCCCCCACCAACAUGCUCAUGCCAAUCGACCCCUACCAUGGUAGAGGGUUUCGAGAUUGACCAUGGGACAAAGCUCAACGGCCUCAUGCCGGCGUAUCAGCAGCACGUGCUGGUGUGCACAGGCAAAGACGACUGGCCAUCCAAGAUUGAGGACGAGGAUGGCGGCGAAAAUUUAGCGGCCGACCUGCGAGGCUACUUUGGCCGCGGUGGAAGUUUGAGCGAUCCUUAUCACAAUGUUUCUGUGCUCAACGCGUCUUUCCCAUCUUCCGGGACCCCGGGGACAUCUGUUUUCCUACUACCCGACUUCAAGCUUGUGCCGUCGGUAGAGAGGGGAUCCUCGUCUGAGCAGCUCGAGGCUCUCGCAAAGGGGUACCUGCUGCCGGAGAAGCUUCACAAAGCACACGAUGCCAUGUCCACCGAACAUCAGGAGAAGUUCCUGCGAAAACCAGAGCUUCAGCGGCUUGUCAGGGGCGUCCGAGGUUUCGAUGAGAUCCUCGUGCUUAUUUGCGGUCACGGAGGUCGUGAUCAGCGUUGCGGUAUCUACGGCCCACUUCUGAGGACGGAGUUUGAGAAGACUCUGCCACGACUUGGUGUCGAUGUUCUCACCGGUCCAGUGGAUAGCGUGAGUGAGAGUGGUGGAAACAAGAAGCCAUCGUCAAGGAUCGGACUGAUCAGCCACAUUGGCGGCCACAAGUUUGCGGGUAAUGUGAUCAUCUACAUUCCGCCCAGCUUGCAGACCGACGACGGACUCCCGCAUCCGCUGGCAGGCCAUGGUAUCUGGUACGGAAGAGUUGAGCCUAAGAAUGUGGAGGGCAUCAUCCAUGAGACGAUUAGGAAGGGAAACGUGAUCGAGGAGCAUUUCCGAGGUGGCAUCACACCCUCUCGUGAGAUUCUACGCCUGUAGUGUAGCAUGUUAUGAGACAUAUAUGUAAUAUUAACCUAUCAAGAAGUGUCAAGGGCUCGUGAAACUUUGCUCUAAGACAAAUUUCAUCUUUUCUUGUUCGAGCA